AUGCCAGGCUGGUUGCUGUUCCCUCAGUGUGUGUGGAUGCUGUCGGUGCUGUGCAGCUCGGACCUGUGUUGGGGCUUUGUCUCCGGGCGGCCCAAGCGCUCAGGAGAGGACGGGACCGCAGCCAGGAUGGAGACUCGCUCCUUGCCGGUCUAUGUGCCGACCUCCGGCUCCUGCAGGAACAGAUGCUAUGAGCUUGUGGAGGCCGAGGCCCCAAACUGUCGCUGUGACAACCUGUGUAAAGCCUACCGCAGCUGCUGCUCUGACUUCAACCAGCUCUGCCUCCGGACAGAGGGAGGUUAUGAAUGCAGCAAGGAUCGAUGCGGUGAGACCCGGAAUGAACAGCACGCCUGCCACUGCUCUGAUGACUGCCUCGCCAGGGGAGACUGCUGCACCAACUACAGGAAGCUGUGCAGAGGAGACACUUCCUGGUUGCAGGGUAAAUGUGAGGCAAUCAAGAGCCCAGAGUGUCCUGCUGGGUUUGCUCGUCCACCUCUCAUCGUACUGUCUCUCGAUGGGUUCAGUGCAUCUUACGUGAAGAGGGGGAACUCCAUCAUACCCAACAUCUUAAAAAUCCGAAAAUGUGGAACCCAAGCUCCUUACAUGAGGCCUGUUUAUCCUUCCAAAACCUUCCCUAACCUCUAUACAUUGUCAACAGGUCUCUAUCCAGAGUCUCAUGGCAUCGUUGAAAACACCAUGUAUGACUCAAUAUUUAAUGCAACAUUCACCCUGAUGACCAAAGAAAAGCUGAACCACCGCUGGUGGGGAGGACAACCAAUCUGGAUCACUGCCCUCAAGCAGGGACUGAAAGCUGCCAACUUCUUCUGGCCUGUGGCCAUUCCUUUGGAGAGGAGGAUCCUGACUUUGCUGCAGUGGCUCCAUCUUCCUGAAGGAGAGAGGCCCUAUGUUUAUGCCAUGCACUCUGAGGAACCAGACGCUCAUACACACGUAAUGGGCCCAAAGAGUGCAGACCUUAACAAUACUCUGAUUGCGGUUGAUCGGAUUGUGGGCCAGCUGAUGGACGGACUCAAGCAGAUGAACCUGCACCGAUGUGUCAACGUCAUCCUGGUGGGAGACCACGGUAUGGAAGAGGCUCACUGUGAUCGCACAGAGUUCCUCAGCAACUACUUGACCACUGUUGAUGACAUCAUCCUCGUCCCUGGGUCUCUUGGCAGAAUACGCUCCAGAUAUCCCAGCAACCUCAAAUAUGACCCCAAGGCUGUUGUUGCAAAUCUAACAUGUAAGAAAGCAGAGCAGCACUUUAAGCCGUACCUGAAGCAGCACCUGCCUAAGAGACUGCACUAUGCCAACAAUCGGCGUAUUGAAGACAUCCACCUGCUGGUGGAGAGGAAGUGGCAUGUGGCCAGGAAAGUCCCAGUGGGGAGGAAACACUGUGGAUUCUUAGGCGACCAUGGAUAUGACAAUAAGAUCAACAGCAUGCAGACUAUUUUCUUGGGCUAUGGACCUUCAUUUAAAUUCAAGACCAAAGUUCCAGCCUUUGAAAACAUUGAGCUGUAUAACGUCAUGUGUGAUCUCCUGGGUCUAAAACCGGCUCCAAACAAUGGAACUCAUGGCAGUCUGAACCACCUGCUGAGAAGUCCAACUUUUAGACCCACCAUGCCAGAGGAGGUGUCCAGGCCGACGGCCUCCAACCUCGUUCGUAUGGCAACAAAUGACUUGGGCUGCAACUGCGAUGAAAAGUUGCGUGUAAAAAGUAGGGGCCAGAGAGGUUUGAAAGUGACCCUUGUACGAGGCUAUAACCUGGAGUCACUCUGGCUCUGUCUCUUACAGAACAAAGUGGAGGAGCUAAACCGGCGAUUGAGGCAAGCUAUUGAUGACACCAGGUACCUGCCGUAUGGCCGACCUGCUGUCCUCUUCCAUGAUAAAUACACCAUCCUACGUCACAGCGACUACAUCAGCAGCUACAGUGCAACCCUGUUCAUGCCCCUCUGGACAUCCUACACCGUCAGCAGACAGGUAGAGCUGUCUCCUCUGCCUGAGUCUCUGUCCAACUGUGCGAGACCGGACGCCAGAGUCCCACCGGUCUUCAGCCAGUCGUGUUCCGACUACAGAGCAGAGAAACAUGUCACAUAUGCCUUCCUGUACCCGCCGCAGCUUUCCUCAAACCUGAAGAGAAAAGAAGAUGCUAUCCUCAUCACCAAUACCGUGCCCAUGUAUCCUGCAUUUAAGAGAAUCUGGACUUUUUUUCAGAAAGCUCUGGUGAAGAAAUACGCCACUGAGAGGAACGGAGUGAACAUUCUUGUUGGACCCAUCUUUGACUACAAUUAUGAUGGAGUCAGAGACUCGGCUGAGACAAUCAGAGACCAUGUGAGUGGAGUCGUCCCCAUUCCGACUCAUUACUUCGUGGUGAUGACCAGCUGCCUGGACGCCACACAGACUGCACGCUUAUGCAACGGUGCACUGAGAAGCGCCACUUUCAUCCUGCCACACCGACCCAACAACGACGAGACCUGCAACAGCUCUGAGGAUGAGUCCCGCUGGGUGGAGGACCUGAUGAAGAUGCACACGGCCCGGAUCAGAGAUGUGGAGCUGCUCACAGGCCUGGACCUGUUCCGGAGAACCAGCCGGAGCUACACCGAGAUCCUUUUCUUUAAAACAUUCAUGCACACGUAUGAGAGCGAGAUCUGACCUCUGCUGACCUUUUCUGCAGUUGUGGCGGAGGAAUGUGGCACACACUUCCAUCUCUGUCUGUCUACAGUAUGUACGGCUAGAACACCACUGAACUCUUCCAAAACUGUGCAAAGGUCUUGAAUCAUCCCUCAUCUCACCUUCCUUUUGAGGACCCAGAAGAUCAUGUAGCCUUUCGGUUCCCUGAAGGACUUUCUAGAGUUGCAGAGAUACAAUUUUACAUCCUCUUGGCACCUUAAUAUAAACACGCUGCACUAAAAAAUCAGUUUGUUUGCACUUUUUCUUUUAAGCUACAAAUCACAUUCAAAGCAUCCCAGAAUGAAAGGUAUAAUAAUCAUAUUUUUGCACUUAUGUGAUUCCUGAGCAGGCGUUAUGUUACGCCUCAACCAUCCAAAGAUGGUUUAAAGGCUGCUGCCUCUGCACUUUGUUGCCCCUGUAUCCCAUCAGCUAAAGCUGGAGUCCAAAGAAUCUUCUCUGCAGCAGCUCCAGGUGACUAUACAGUCACACAUAUUUUGGUUUCUUUCAGAAAUGUUGUUGCACAGUACAUGAAUAUUCUGAUUAGCUUAAUGAGAAUCAUGUGGAAUUUGUGUUAAUCAUCCAUCCUCAAUACCUGCUUAGUUCCUGCAGGGGGAGCCUGUCUCCAGGGGUCUGUGUACUCCCCCUGCAGGUCGCCAAGUAGACACACACACUCAAACCUUAGCACAAUGAAGUCCCCUUAGAAGCUGUGAGAUGAGUUGCAGUUGUACCACUUCAUCAGGCUUAGAAAAUAAUCAACAGGCCGAUAUGGAAUCACUCUGGCUGGAGAUUAUUGAAUAAACCUGAUCUGUAUGCCACCCUUCAUAAAAAAGUCGUUGCUUUUAAAUGCAAUUUAAUGGUAAUGAUGUAUCUGUGUUUGUGAGGUUGCGUGUGUGUGUGUGAGACAAAUAUAACAUAUCGGACUGUAAAUGUGGCUUGAAUGUGUGUGUGGGUGUGUGUUGUGACUUUGAUUUGUGCACAAUUAAAUUUGUUGAUUAUAAUAAAAGUUUGAUCAAAAUCA